UCGAACACAUGGGUGCAGUUUAGGACUCCCAACAUCAUACUGUAGUAAAGAAUUAAUCUAUCCCGCGCUGUUUGUAGUGAAAACAAACUUUAAUCCAUAAUCUAAGUUGAUCAAGAUGAAUUUCUCAUUUGGAACUCCAACGACCACCGCAGCCGCAACAACGGGAGGCUUCUCGCUCGGGGCACCCGCUACCAGUACCGCCACAACGGGAUUUUCUUUCGGUGCCACACCAACCUUCGGUUCCACCGGCAUUACUGCGCCGGCAACACUUUCGCUUAACCCAGCAGCCACGACCUCCACAGCAUCCACGGGAGGAGCUCUACCAACGCUUUCGUUCGGCGCAUCGCUCGGGACCACUGCUACUGCACAACAGCAACCAGCUCAGGCCGCGACAUUGCCAACGUUCGGCUCACUGGGAGCGCCAGCACUGGGUGGCGGACCCUCGGUAGCUGCUGCUACACCAACAGUCAAUGCGGCUCAACCCACCGCUACUGGUACAGCAGGAAUUAAUCCACUAGGAGGAUCCACAACAGCACCCGCCGGCACAACGGCCACAGCUGGUCCUGCUCCGCUAUCGUUGGGAGGGUUUGGAUUGCCGAAGCCUGCAGAACAAAGUGCUCCCACGACGACUACUACCACAUCGGGUACUCCUAAGACAGUCGCACCAGCCACUCAAGCAAGCCAAGCCACCGGAACCGGUCUUGCGGCAAGCUUAUCCACCAACACGCAAACAACACAGUCGACCUCCGUGGUUGGCAAUCAGCAGUUGAAGUUUUUCCAGCUAGAAGAGUUUAUUAACAAGUGGACGCUCGAGCUGGAGGAGCAGGAAAAAUUGUUUACCAACCAGGCCACCCAGGUUAACGCCUGGGACAACAUGCUGCUCGCCAACGGGGAAAAGAUCGUCGCUCUCAACGAAGCCGUCAUGAAGGUGAAGGCGGAACAGAACGCGAUGGAGCAGGAGCUGGAGUUUAUCACGGCCCAGCACACCGAGCUGGAGGAGUGCAUCGUGCCGCUGGAGCAGGAACUGUCGCGAAUCGGACAGAUCGAUCUCGAGCGUGGACAAACGUACUCUAUGGCGGAAACGCUCGACUCGCAGCUGAAGCAGAUGUACGAGGACCUGAAGGAAGUGAUCGAGCAUCUGAACGAUGCCAACAAGUACACCGACCCGAACGAUCCGCUGGUGCAGAUCGGGAAAAUCCUGAACGCGCACAUGAACUCGCUGCAAUGGAUUGAUUCGUCCUCGACGGUGAUCACGAAUCGAUUGGAGGAAAUUAACAAAAUGCACGAAACGCUCCGGAAGGACAAUGAGCGUUCCUUUCGUCUAACGUACUACGACCAAUAACAGCUACGUGGUAAUCGAUUAUAAACAUGUUUUCUUUUUAUCAAUUUCCAAAUAAAACCUAACGUACUAUGAAAUCAAAAUGCGAGCA